UUUUUUAGGGAGAAUCAAAUACAAGAGUAGAACUCAAUUCAGUUGAAGAGGAAGAAACUUCUGAAGUAGAGACUGAAGAAGAAUCAUGUGACUCUGAACGUAGUGAUGAAUCUGAUGAUGAAUCCAUUGAUGUUGAUAAAGCUGAAAUUGAGGGUGGGCCAACCCCUUUUGAUGAUUUCAUUGAUUUUGACGUUUUAUUUCCAAAUCAUGUUCAUAGUUCUACCAUGAACCAGGCUAUUCGAGAUGAGGUUGUUUCUGACACUGAGACUAUUCCUGCUGGUGAAGUUGUUCCUGAGGUUACUCCAAAUAUUGAGGUUAUUGAAGAUGUUAGAAUUGAUACUGAUAAUGUUAGAGCUAUUCCAAUGACUCCUCGUGCUUAUUCCUCCCCAGUGCCAGAACAUAGAGAUACAAGUAAUGCUUUUAGCACUCAAAUAGCACAUACUGAACAAAGUAGUAAAAAAGUUGACUUCCAUGGUUUUCAAGUUUCACUGGAAUAUGUGACAUACUUAGAACAGGUUUUCAACAUAGAGGGAGAGUUUUGGAGUACCUCAUUUGUAAAGAACGUAGACGUCAUUUGCUUAAUGAUGGACGUAUUGGGUAGAGCUUUAGUCAUUUCUCAUGCUCCAUUGAUAAGUACUUCACCAGAGGAAUUGCAACAGAUGUUACAAGAUUUCGAUGAUGCUUGUAACUUUGGAUUCAAGCUUGAAUGCCUCAAUGAUUGUAGAUCAAAAGCCAAGAUUUUUCUCAACAAGUCUUCCUUGGAAGAUGAGUUAGAAGACAUUGCAGCGAAGAUAACUUCAUUAAAAAAACGUGAAGCUGAAGUACGAGAACAAUUAGAUGUAUUUGCCAAUAAUAACUCUUCUCUAUGGAAUAUGUAAUUGGCUAGUCUUUUACUUUUCUUUGACUCUUUUUGAAACUCAUUUGAGUCAGUACUUUGCUAUUGAUAUAUCA